AUGGAGAAGAACGAGUGGGCAGAUGCGGUAUGUACGGUUUGUAUGGAGUGUCCUCACAAUGCUGUUCUUCUCCUAUGUUCAUCUCAUGAGAAAGGUUGCCGUCCUUACAUGUGUGGAACUAGCUUCCGUUAUUCCAAUUGCUUUGAUCAGUAUAAGAAGACUAAGGCCAAUUUAAAGUGCCCACUGUGCAGAGGCCAGGUCAAAGGUUGGACUAUUGUACAGCCUGCAAGAGAUGGUCUGAAUCUUAAGAAGAGGAACUGUAUGCAGGAGAAGUGCUCUUUUGCCGGAACGUUCAAGGAGUUGAGGAAACACAUGAAAAAAGACCACCCUUGUGCACAGCCGCGUGAAAUAGACCCUGUUGUGGAGAUGGAAUGGUUAAGGUUGGAGAUUGAGGAGGACAUGAGGGCAAUGACUGGUGCAUAUGGCUCAGAUUCAGAUGAGGAAGUGGUCAGGAGGAUACCUAGGAGGAGGAACCUUCGCCCAGUGAACUUUUUCCUAGAUGACCUUGGAUAG